AUGACAAAGGGUGGAAAUAGCAAAGAACGACAAGGAGGAAAAGGAAAACAAAGAGAGCCUCCAUCACGGCAGGGCUUGAUCUUUCCGCGCAAUGAGAGCUAUUCCCCCUCGCCACUGACCCCGAUUGUAUUCGCCAUCCAAAACCCGAGUCUGGUGUCAAGCCUCAACCCGGAAAUUUCUUAUUAUAUUGAGCAGCAAAAUGUCAACACCAAUGAAAGUGUCUCUACCUCGGGCUCUAUCCAACUGUCGAACACCAAUUAUACGACAAGUGACCCAUACCUUCUCUAUUGGAGCACCGGGAAGCUGGACAUUGAGGGAAUCUUCGUGUUAGCGUGGGAGCUCAAGAUGAACAACUGCUCUCAUGCUCCGCAAAGCGACGCAUUGUCUUUCGGGUACUUCGACUCACGCCGCCAUCAGUUGUACUUCUCCACCAAGAAUGGCGCUUCAUCGCCGGACUUUGUCUCUGCAACCGAGGGUGAUGUCUGCAACCAAUCCCAAGCCCAGGCGGUCCAAGUGCCAGAUCUUUUGGCGGUACCGUCUACACGAACCUGGGGCGCAGCAUCCUGUGCUGCUACCGUGGGUCCGUCUCCGACUGCCAGUCCUUGCGAGGUUAAGAUUGAUUCCACAGCUGCCGCUAGUAUUUCUGCGGCCCUGAUCUCCGAUGCCUGUGCCAACCCCGUCCGCACGGGGCUGAGUUGCCCAACCCCGUCUUCGGAGAGUGCGACCUCUGUGGCUCAAUUACCCGUCGGAGGGCCCUGGAUAUUGGCGAUUGGAAUGCUGGUCGCUUACGGUCUCACAUGA